GCGGCCUCGGCCCUGUGCCGGGCUCCCGGAUCCUGGGCUCCCGGGUCCCCGCGCCCCUUGCGGCCUGCGUGCUAGCCUCGGCCGGUAGCUCUCAGACGCCUCCCGGCGUGGUGGGCUCAGAGCAAAAUAGCCUGUAAGUGUGCGUGCCUAGGGCCUGCGCAUGGCCUCCUUAGAGAUGAGCGUCCCCCAACCAAACGUCUGUCCCCCACUGAAGCCCCCAAAUGACAGCUGAGCCCUAGGAGCCGCUGCAACACCGAACACGCCGCUUCUCUCACAAUGACACAAUUCCAGCUUCUCUGUUAAAAGCAGUAGUAGCACCAGCAGAUUCAUGUGGGCGGACCGCUGCCUGCUUUAAUGUGAGGAGUCCUGGAUUGGCAAUUUGUCAAAAGACCAAUUUGUUAUGCCUUUCCUAGCACUUCUGUCAGAGAAGAUUUAAAGGAUUGGAAAUGGGGACCAAUUCUUCUUUACCUGAGGUGGAAGUGGUGGUUUGUUGUUGUACAAACAUCAGAGGUUGCACUAAACAAGCUCAGAUGAUAUGGCCUACUGCUCUUGGGCUCUGCACCUGUAAGGAACUUUACAAGAAACCCUGCAGGCUGCUCUAACACAAAGAGAUCUGGCAAGGAUGCAGAAGGCAAUGAAGAUGGUCAAAGAUGAGGAUGUGCCAUUCAACUUGGCUGCGAAGAGCAUCUCCUUUCCCCACUGCCUACAGCCAGGGGCUUUGCGAGGAAAGGCUCCCCAAAGACACCCCUUCCCAGGAGCUCUCCGGGGGCCCUUUUCCCAGUUUCGGUAUGAACCUCCUCCAGGAGACCUUGACGGAUUCCCUGAGGUGUUCGAGGGAGGAGGAUCCCGGAAACGGAAAAGCAUGCCCACAAAGAUGCCUUACAACCAUCCUGCGGAAGAAGCCACACUUGCCCUCCACACUGAGGAGAGCAAAAGCCACGGCCCUCCGAAUCUCCCUCUGCUCUUUCCACAGCAAUCACGUCCCAAGUGUGACUCUCAGAUGAUCGACCUGUGCAACGUGGGCUUCCAGUUCUACCGCACCCUGGAGCAUUUGGGGGGCAAACCUGUUAAGCAGGAGCCCAUUAAGCCCAGCGCGGUGUGGCCCCAGCCCAGGCCUCCUGCCUUCGUGCCCACGCCCUACCCCUACUACCCCAAAGUCCACCCGGGCCUUAUGUUCCCCUUCUUCGUGCCCUCAUCCUCACCCUUCCCCUUCAGCAGGCACACCUUCCUACCCAAGCAGCCCCCUGAGCCAGUGUUGCCCCGGAAAGUAGAGCCCCAGGAGAACGAGGAGACGAAGCAGAAGGUGGAGAGGGUGGAUGUGAACGUCCAGAUCGAUGACAGCUACUACGUGGACGUGGGUGGGGCUCAGAAGCGCUGGCAGUGCCCCACCUGCGAGAAGUCCUAUACAUCCAAGUAUAACCUGGUGACACACAUUCUGGGCCACAGCGGGAUCAAGCCACAUGCAUGCACGCGCUGCGGGAAGCUCUUCAAGCAGCUCAGCCAUCUGCACACCCACAUGCUGACACACCAGGGCACACGGCCCCACAAAUGUCAGGUGUGCCACAAGGCCUUCACCCAGACCAGCCACCUGAAGCGCCACAUGAUGCAGCACAGCGAGGUGAAGCCACACAACUGUCGUGUGUGCAGCCGGGGCUUUGCCUACCCCAGCGAGCUCAAGGCCCAUGAGGCCAAACACGCCAGCGGUCGUGAGAAUAUCUGUGUGGAGUGCGGCCUCGACUUCCCCACCCUGGCUCAACUGAAGAGGCACCUCACCACGCACCGUGGCCCCAUUCAGUACAACUGUUCUGAGUGCGACAAGACCUUCCAGUACCCGAGCCAGCUGCAGAACCACAUGAUGAAGCACAAAGACAUCCGGCCCUACAUCUGCUCCGAGUGUGGCAUGGAGUUCGUGCAGCCCCACCACCUCAAGCAGCACUCGCUCACCCAUAAGGGUGUAAAGGAGCAUAAAUGUGGGAUUUGUGGGCGUGAGUUCACCCUGCUGGCCAACAUGAAGAGACAUGUGUUGAUCCACACCAACAUCCGUGCCUACCAGUGUCACCUCUGUUACAAGAGCUUUGUGCAGAAGCAGACCCUCAAGGCACACAUGAUCGUCCACUCCGAUGUGAAGCCUUUCAAAUGCAAGCUUUGUGGGAAGGAAUUCAACCGGAUGCACAAUCUCAUGGGCCACAUGCACCUGCACUCAGACAGCAAGCCCUUCAAGUGCCUCUACUGCCCGAGCAAGUUCACCCUGAAGGGGAACCUGACCCGCCACAUGAAGGUCAAGCAUGGAGUGAUGGAACGUGGCCUUCACUCUCAAGGUCUGGGGAGGGGGCGAAUCGCCCUGGGGCAGGCAGGUGUCCUGAGGAGCCUGGAGCAAGAGGAGCCUUUCGACCUCUCCCAGAAGCGCGAUGGGAAGGGGCCCGCGUUCCAGUCGGACGGGGAGAGUGCACAGGGCAGCCCCUGCCAGGAGGAAGACGAGGAGGACCUCUGCUACGAGGUGGAGUCCUACAGCCCUGGCCUGGCCUCCAAGAGUCAGCAGCUCUGCGCUCCCGAGGAUCUGUCUACCAAGCUGGAGCAGGCCCCUGCGGGGGAAGCCUGCAAGGAGGAGGAUGCUCUGGAGGGGGAGCAGGAGGAGAGCAACAAGGACCGCGAGGGGGUCGGCCAGGAGAGAGACUGUGCCCGCAGAGACCUCAGGUUAUUUCAGAGCAGCCGGCGGGGCCCCACGUUUUCUGAUUACUUAUACUUCAAACACAGAGAUGAAAGUUUAAAAGAAUUACUGGAGAGGAAAAUGGAAAAACAAGCAGUGCUUUUGGGUAUCUGAGUGGACAGCUUUAGAAUUACAUUUGGAAAAUGAAAUCUAGGCAGUUCAAAUAUAGCUUUCUGCAUGAACUGCCAUUUGCUGAGGACUGGCGAAUGGUGCCAGUCUGUACAAAUGGUUCGGAAUAAAUGAGCAGGUGAUGUAAAUGCUUCUCAGGCCAUUCCUUGGGCCCUUUUUACUUUGAUACACAUGCAGGGUUCUCCCGGGUGUUAUUUUACACAUCACUCAUGUAAUAAACUGCAUAUUCUUCUAGAUAUCUAAUUGUAAGCUGACCCUGAGGUGCUUUUAGAAAUUGUGCUUUUUUCUGACUUGCAAUAUGUGGUAAAUAUUUUUCUAGUUGCAGAACUAUGGUGCUUGAUGUGUUACCUUAUUAAUAACUAUUUAGUUGAAUUUGUGAAGGUUACAGUAUUUUUCCAGGUAGAUGACAAUAUUAUCAAAUAGAAACGCCAGAAAUGAUGCAAGAAGGCAAGCUGUUGGAAAGAAUAUUCUCGAGCAGUUACUGCACACGAUUUCAGGAGAAAGUGAAUGGUUUUGACCAAGGCAAAACCGGCAACACUUAGAUGCCUAUUUGCUCCCUUGCUCUGCUUCAGCUUCUCUGGUCAGAUGGGGCAUUUGGAACAUCCAGGAAGAUAUCUGGGCAAUGCUCAGGGGUCCUGGCUCCUCAGACUAAACCCGUGCCCCAAGAAUGAUCCCUCACAGAGACCAUUGCCACAUAUCUCAAGCUUCAUGCUCCAUCUGGAACUGUAAGGAGAGUUGUCACAGGAACAGUAAUCAGAGCUCAGAAAUAGGAGACGGUGCUCAGCAAUUCUCCCUGAAACACACUCAGACUUACUGGGGUAGUAGAAGGAUCACCUACCUAUCACUCUAAGGAAGACCUGUACUAUGUUCUCAGUGCUGGCCACACAUGAGAAUCAUUCAGGGGAGCCUUUGAAAAUCACUGAUGCAGCCAGGCAUUGAUUCCAGCACAUGGAAGCCUGUGGCAAGAGGACCGCCUCAAGUUCAAAACCAGCCUGGGAUACAGAGUGAGACCCUGUCUCAAAAACCAGGAACAAACAAAACCCACCAGUGCCAGGGCCUCACUCCCCACUCUGUGAAAUUCUGGUUUAAUCCACAUGGAGUGGAGCCCCAGCACUGGUAGUUUCCUAGUUGCUUCCCGGUGAUUCUUAUGUGCAAACAGGGUGGAGAAAGAGUUUUGGUCUCAUAUCACCCUCACCCAUUUCUGAGUCUCCUGGCACUCCCCAGUGUUCACAGAUAUUUCUGACCAUGGCUUCAGACUCACUGAGGUAAAGACAGUAGACCUGCAAUCAUAAUGCUGAUUCUGGCCUUCAUUCCUGUUCUUUAAGCUUCAUGAGGGCUCACAUGCACACACACAUGUAUACACACACACAUACACACACACAUACACACCCCCCCUUAGAUAACAUAAUUUUUAUACUAGAAGACAAUGCCGAUGAUGUUUGUAGCUACCUAGUAUGUUGAGAGAUGUAUGGCUGGCCUAUGGUGACUCUUAUUCCUUUCCAGAUGCUUGAACAUCCAUCUCAGUAAACCAUGAGGACUGUGGUGGAUAUGUUGAGUCUAGCAGAUGGACACCACUAGACACUGGUGACCAUGAGGGUUGUACACACAUGACUGAUACCUAGCAUGUACGUGCUUGUGUUGAUGUAAAACUUGUCUCUAAUUUGAGAGUGUUAACACUUCUUGGCAGGGCUAGAUACUGAUGAUCACUUGGCUUCCUCUCCUCCCAAAGUUCCUAGGACAUUUCUUUAGAAGACCUGUUCCAUCUUCAACUGCUGGAUGCAUCUUUUCCUGUCAGCCACACUGCUUCCCUGUAAGCCUCAUCUAGCCCUUGCCAUUCACUUAUGUGCUUUGACAAUCUCUCAUCUAUUUCUCCUGCUGGCAUCCCAAAAUUCCUUUCUUCAUCAUCUCUACCAACAUCAGGUUUCCUACUGCCAUCCAUGUAUGUCCCCAGGUGGCAGUAUCUACAAAGGGCAUGGCAGAGAGAAUGCUGUCAGUUUCUAUGGCUACAAACACAACUCUGGACCAAUAAUUUUUGCAAGUCCUCAGAGGGGCAAGAUCUCUUUCAUUCACUGUGAAUAUAGUUCAUUGGUGCCUUUGAUAAAAGUAUUCAGGAAGCUGGCAUAGUCUGUGACACUGCCCUCUCCUGGUAUCCUGUUAUAUGUGUAUUUAGUCAGCAACCACGAAUUGAGGACCUACUAUGUGCAGUGCCCAAUCGCAGUACCACACACUGCCAGAUGCUUCUGGAUACAUCCAGUUUUAAUAGGAAGAGCCAGGAAAGUCUAGAGGAGCAGAAACUCUUUCUCUCCAACCAAAAUGAACCCUGUGGGAAUUUUUGAGGAACCAGUUGAGUUGGACAAAGGAAGGUGUAAGUAUGUUGUGAGGAGCCAGAGGUCCCUUCAUAAACCUCUUUGGAGCUGCUAGGGGAGGAGACCCCCAGUACCCAGGCCCACUUCACUCAAAGUGGUUCAGGUUCCUCUGUUUUGUAUGUUAAUAUUCUCAAUAAAAUUUCAUUUUGAUGGAGAUAAAAUGGUUCAGGGAAAGUAACCAAAUGUAAUAUGGAGUGUAUUCUAGGCCUGGUUUUAGUAUUUGCCUCUGGUAUGAGGGACUUAAUAGGUUUGAUCCUGAUGGACAGCACAGCACAGACCUGAAAACAAAGCUAAACCCUUGGUUCCAUGUGUGGAGGAGUCAACAGCUCUAGUUUACACCUAUCCCUUGCUCCUUAAAAGCAUCCCAGGGUGGCUGAUCAGUUUCCUGGACACUAGGAAAGGCCUGACCAACCUUGAUCCAUGAUCUGAUGCAAGUCUGAAGUAGGGCUUGGGGGCCCACCUCAGAGAAAAAAAGAAUUAAGUCAUCCAAGGUCACCAUCAGUCAAAGGCCAUGACCUUCGUCACAUUAUGGAACACUGAAAAUAGGCCAUGACCAAACGCUUCCUAGGGUCUUGACCAUCAUCACUUUGAACCAACAAAAGAAUCAGCAAAGAGGCAUAUUUUUCUCUGACUCUUUGUAUUCAGGCCUGGUGACCUGGCUGGUGACCUGUCUUAUUGCUUUUCUAACCCUCUUUCAUUUUCUCCUUGGCCAUGAUACUGAAGUCAGUGUUUCCCAAGCCAACAGGAGUUAACUGGUGUAUCUGUGUAUGUGUAGCUGCAUGAGAAAGCUCAGUGUACAAACUGUAUUUAUUAAGCCCUGAAGGCAUUUAAUAAAAUAUUAACAUUGUGUUUUUAAUUAUGAUCUUUGUCUGCUUUGCCGGAACAAAAUGUAACAGAGUUAACACUUAAAAUCCUUCACAUAUUUGGACAACAUUACACCAAAUGUUGAUUUAAAAAAAAAAAAUACAGAUUUUGGCUUGUUUUUUAAAAACCCAAACUCCAAAGUGUAUUAACAACCCAAGUUGUGAAUAUUGCUCCCUGCUUCAGUGAAAAGGCAGCUUACCUAGA